AUGGGUUCUCACUCAAGGCCGGGUCGCUCUGUUGACCUAUCCAAAUAUGACAAGCUCAAUGCCACUCAAGCCGGACACUUGCGUCACUUUCAUAAUCUUGCCAGCCAGAUAGACGGCGAAUGGCAUCACAUGGGGACUCAGGAACCGAUGCAAGAGUUCCUUGAUGCCUAUCGCUAUCAGCUCGCCACCAUGGCAUAUGGUGCUGGAGUCACGCAUUAUCAUCGCAUGCCUGCUCUGAGAAGUCCACUCAAGACUCUCAUGCGUCGUCUAAUCCACAAGAUGCUGCGGCGAGAGGUGUGGGCUUACUGGUUCAACACGAGCCUCUCGGGAAACCGAACCGACCCUGAUCGAACGGAGUUGAGGAAGCCGUGGGCGGACCCAGUGGUCAAGGAGAAUAUCAUGUACAGCGGCCAUCUUUUGCUGAUGACGAGUCUCUACGGCAUGCUCUUUGACGAUGAUGAGUUUGAGAAGCCGGAGUCCUUGACGUUCACCUGGGAUCCCCUGUUCUUCGGAUUUGGAACGGAGGUUUUCCAUUAUGAUAACCGUAGCUUGCAGGAGGCUAUUAUUCGCGAGAUGGAGAGGAAUGGUUGGGUUGGCGUCUGUUGUGAGCCUAAUCUGGUCUUUGUCGUCUGCAAUCAGUUUCCCAUGAUUGCGAUGAAAUACAACGAUGCCAGAGAUGGCACCAACGUGGCUGGCGAGGUCUUGGACAAGUACAAGGCGGCCUGGGAUAAGAAGGGCAUGGUAUCCGACAGCGGCCUAUACGUCGACUGGUAUUUUGUGCGACAAGACAAGACGUUGCCGCCGAAAUCUGUUGGCUGGACUGCGUGGGCAAAUGCUUAUAUGAAUACCUGGAACUCGGACAAGGUGAAGUCGCUGUACGACCAACAAGCAUACGGCUUCAUCACGAAUAUCGAUGGCGAGGUGCAGCUCCACGAGGAUCGCAUCGCCGAAGAAUACCGAAAGCUUGUUGAAACCGAAAAUGCAGACAAGAAUGACGCUGCCGUUCUUGCCCGCGCCCGAGAGAGUGCCGCUGCCCUCCCGCCAUCAACGUUCCUCUACUCCAGGCCGACCUUUGGCUAUGUUAUUCAGUGGUUGUCGGAGCUAGGCAAGAAGGAAGAGUUGGACGGUCUGCUCAAGUACGCUGACGAGCGUCUGCAGCCGACAUGGGAGAAUGGCGGAUUAUUUUACCCCAGGCACGAUGCCAAGACGAAUGAGGCUGGAGAAUGGACGCACAUGGAUCCGUUUUCUGGGAAUGCGUCGAUUGGAUAUGCGCGACUGAAUGUGCCUGAUGGACAGAAGCAGAUGUGGGAGAAGCCUCGACGACGGGGCCAUGCAGCAACGCAGCCGUGGAUUGACGGCAUUGAUCUUGACCAGGGCAUUGAUUGUCUCCGUGGGGUUUGGGAUGGCGAAGAGAGUGUCUUGGUGCUGACGAUGAAGACGUGGGAUGGACGACGGGUUGAUGCAGUUCCAGUGGCGAGCAACUUGCCGGCGGGAACUUGGGCUGUUUUUGUCAAUGAGGAGCUGGUCCAGCAGGCUGCUGUGGAGGAGGGCGGAGACUUGAGUGUCAAGGUGGAUGUUGGUGGUGAAGAGGUGAAUGUUGUGUUUCAGAGAGUCGAGUAA